AUGGGUCGGUCUUUGUUCAACCUGACUGAGCCACUUGGGAUAUACUCUGUUGUUCGCAGAUACACCACCGCUCGUAAUCGUGCAGUGCCCUUUAGGUGGUCAGCCCCUGCAGCGUCAUAUAUGGACUAUGAAGCACCCAUAAUAGAAUCGCCAUCGUUGUCUUCCCAUUUGCAAAAUCCUCUCCUCGCUCCUCCUGAGCCAGUAGAAGGUUAUAAUUAUAUUACUUGCUAUGAUCCUGCCACUGGUCUUCAUCUGGACACGCUUCCCGCGGAUUCUCCAACAGACAUCGCUGCCAAGAUUGGUCUCGCCAAAGAUGCCCGGGAAGACUGGUCUCACAGCAGCUGGGGUGAUCGGCGUCGCGUUCUUAGGAGCCUACUUGCAUGGCUCGUCAAAGACCAGGAGGUUUGCGCCAGAGUUGCGUGCAGAGACACCGGGAAAACAAUGAUCGAUGCGUCGCUUGGUGAAAUACUGACCACCUGUAGUAAAUUGGAGUGGUUAAUAAACUAUGGGGAAAUUGCACUCAGGCCCGAACGGCGGCGAGGGAAUUUAAUUCUCAGCCACAAGACAUCUACAGUCCAUUACGAGCCUCUCGGCGUUGUUGCCGCUAUUGUUUCAUGGAAUUAUCCACUGCACAAUGCACUAUCUCCCAUUAUUUCCGCUAUUUUUUCGGGUAAUGCCAUCGUGCUGAAGUGCUCCGAGCAUACCAUGUGGUCAUCAAGGUGGUUUGUUGGAGCCGUUCGGGAGUGCAUAUAUGCUUGUGGGUGGAACCCAGACAUAGUCCAGUUAGUUUGUUGUCUGCCAGAUGAUUCCGAGGUAUUGACAACAUCUCCCGAUAUCAAACACAUCACAUUCAUUGGAUCAGAGACCGUUGGGAGAAAAGUGGCCAUGGCAGCGACCGUCAACCUUACACCAGUAACAUUGGAAUUGGGCGGCAAGGAUCCCUGCAUCAUUCUCCCUCGUACGAACAUUCAGAAAUGGUCUAGCGUCUGGAUGCGAGGUGCAUUUCAAUCCAUGGGUCAAAAUUGCAUUGGGAUUGAACGAUUCCUCGUUCACUCUUCAUUAUAUGAGGAGUUCAUGACUGAAAUGGCUGAUCGUGUCAGCAAACUACGCCUUGGAUCCGUUCUCUCCUCAUCAGCGGAGGGCUUCGUCUCUGUCGUCGAUGGGGGCUCAAUGAUUAAUAACGCUCGGUUCGACGAACUCGAACGACUGAUGACGGAUGCUGAAUCGCUAGGUGCGGACGUGCGGUGCGGUGGAACUAGAUGGCGAAAUCCGUAUUCGGAGCAGGGGGCAUACUUCAGGCCUACUCUCAUCGGCAACGUUAAUGAACAAAUGGAGAUUGCGCGGACAGAAGUUUUUGGUCCUGUUAUGCUUGUUCUAAAGUACGAUUCAGUUGAUGAGGCAGUUGGAAUUGCCAAUGGAUUACACUAUGGACUGGGUGCUUCCGUAUUUGGGCCCGAUCAAGGACCAUGCAAAGAAGUGGCUAUGUCACUGGAAUGUGGCAUGGUUUCAAUAAACGAUUUCGCGGUUUAUUAUGUGAAUUUACCUUUUGGUGGUACAAAAGGCAGUGGAUACGGACGCUUUGGUGGACCGGAGGGGCUUCGAGCCCUCACGAAUCCAAAGGUUGUCGUAGUGGACAGAUUCCCCGUCCUGGCCGAGACAUCCAUCCCCGUCGUCGUUCACAGCUGGGACUUCGUCAGUGGCCUGAUCUCUGCCUUGUACGGGCAGUCGUGGAAGGCUCGCAUGGUCGGGUUGACAAAACUCAUCAAGGCGGCGACGUCCUAA